AUCGUCGUCCUCCCCACACUCCCACGCGCCCCCCGAUACAAUACAACGCUCCGCUCCUCGCCCCUGCCCCCAUCUCUCGCUGUCCUCCGCGGCAAGUCAAGUGGAACGCGAAUCGAAAAGCAGCGGAGGGAGAGGGCCGGAGGCGGAAGGGAGCGUGACGCCGCCCGCCAUGAGGCUCCUCGUCCCCGACGGCGCGCGCCAGCGCUCCGAGGCCGCGGCCGCCACGCCGCGCCGGCACCGCCCGUCGCCCGAGGCGCCGCCGGAGGCUAGCGGCAGGACGGUGGCGGUCGGGAUCAGGUGGGACGCCGCCAGCCGCGAGCUCCUCACGUGGGCGCUCGUCAAGGUCGCCAAUGCCGGCGACCGCGUCGUCGCCCUCCACGUCGCCGCCGGAGGCGGAGGAGGGGCUGGGCUGGAGGAGAGGAGGAAGGCGGCGGAUUCGCUCGCGACGGUGCUCGCCGUGUACGACGGCUUCUGCAACCUCAAGCAGAUCAAUUUGGAGCUCAAGGUCUGCGGAGGAUCGUCUAUCCGGAAAACUCUGGUUAAAGAAGCAGCUUCUUGUGGUGCUGGGCAUCUUAUACUCGGCGUCGCAAAGAAUUCUCGGUCUUUUGGAUCCUCCUCCACUUCAGUUGCCAAGUACUGUGCAAAGAGAGUCCCCAUGAGUUGCUCGGUUCUUGCUGUGAACAAUGGCAAGAUUAUUUACCAAAGAGUUGCCGCACACGAAGAACCAUUCAAUAGCACUAGCGCACCCGAGACUCCAAGGAGGAGUUACCGCAAGCUUCUGACUUCCCUGAUGGGAGAGAAAACGCAGGACGAAUGCAUAAAGGAUAACAGGCCCAUUUCUCGGGCUGUCACCAUGCCAGUGAGGUCUUCCACAUCGUCAAAGCAAGUUUCACUAGCAUUGGUUCCAGUUAAGGUUUGCCGACGUGAAUCACCAGAAGUAGCAACUGGCUGGCCAUUCCUAAGGAAGAAGUUAUUGCCCAAUCGACAGGAUGCGUUGUCUGACAAGCCCAAGAUGUCUGUGGUGCAGUGGGCAAUGCGGCUUCCGAGCAGGUAUUCAGCUGUUUCGCCAGUCCAUCUUGAACACAGAACUACGAGACCGGACUCAACCAACAGUGGCAGUCGUAUCUUGCGUGAUAGGGUAGUUAUCCCCUCCAGAAGCCAUUCAGGAAGCUCUUCUGUUGUGAUUGAGGAAUUGGAUACAGAAACUCCAGAGGAGCUGAUCUCACUCAAAGAGAAAUUCUUGUCCCUUUAUUCGUCGUACAGUUACAAUGAGCUUGCAGAUAUCACUUCCAAUUUUUCACCUGAGUGUAUAGUUGGACAAGGUGGCACGAGCCAAGUCUACAAAGGUUGUUUGACAAAUGGCAAAGAGUUGGCAGUGAAGAUCCUGAAGUAUUCCGAUGAGGUACUGAAGGAGUUCACAUCAGAGAUCGAGAUUGUCAGCUCCGUCAUUCACAAGAACAUCAUAUCCAUCACUGGCUUCUCCUUCAAGAACAAUGAUCUUCUAUUGGUAUAUGAAUACUUGCAAAGAGGCAGCCUAGAAGAAAUACUGCAUGGCGAGAAAGAAUGCAAGAGCAUGUUUGGUUGGACCGAGAGGUUCAAUGUGGCGGUAGGUGUUGCUCAUGCACUGGAUUAUCUCCAUGGUAACGGCAACAGUCGCCCAGUGGUCCAUAGGGAUGUCAAGUCGUCCAAUAUCCUCGUCUCAGAGGAUUUUGAGCCAAAGUUAUCAGACUUUGGCCUUGCGCUCUGGGCCGCUGAUGCAACACCCCAGAUCACAUGCAAUGAUGUUGCAGGAACUUUUGGGUACUUGGCUCCUGAGUACUUCAUGCAUGGCAAGGUGAACGACAAAAUCGAUGUUUUCGCUUUUGGUGUUGUUCUUCUUGAACUCGUCUCAGGCAGGAAACCGCUGUGCACUGGUUGUCCGAAAGGCCAGGAGAGUUUAGUUAUGUGGGCGAAUUCUAUCAUCCAAGGUGGAAAGCUCACACAACUGGCCGAUCCUAGCUUGCCUACCGAAGGCCAUACCGAUGAAAUUGAGAGGAUGACACUUGCCGCUUCGCUCUGCAUCAGACCAACACCUCAACACCGUCCUCACAUCGCAGUGGUUCUGAAGCUACUUGAUGGUGACAAUGACAUUCUCAAAUGGGCUAGAUCGCACGUGGGGCUAUCAUACAAGAGCGAUGGCGACGAAGACAUGGUCACGCUCGCACCUCCGGAGAACAACACCAACAUCCAGUCGUACAUCAAUCUCGCCUUUGACGUCGAGGACGACUCCGCCUCGGUGAGCAGCAACGACUUCAUCACGGCAAACACGUCCCUGGAAGAGUAUCUGCAGGGAAGAUGGAGCCGGUCGUCGAGCUUUGACUGACCGACGGAUCCAUGGCAGAGUCCGUGCCUCAUUUUUGUGUAUAGAGAUCUUCUCCUCUCCCACUUCUUGGUAAGUUUAACCUGUUGCUGCUCCUUGGGUGAGAGGUGGCACAUGCAAUGCAAUUGCCCUCCUCAAGGCCUAUGUUCUGGUCAUUAUUUCUUUUUUCUUUUUACCCUAGAGUUGUUAUGAGAGAGCCUGUAAUGUUCUCACCCAAAGGAUGAGAUGAGGAAUAAAGUAGAGUAGGGAGGAUGUAACCGUGGGUUGUUUGCCCACACCAAAUCACUAGUGCUUGUUCCACUAUGUGCUCGCUCACUUGUUAAGAGUAAACUUAUCAUGAGACUGAGACUGCUAUGCUUGCUACUGUAUGAGACAAUAUUUACUGCUGAAUUUCACUGUGGAUGUUGAA